AUGUUCCAUACACCGCAUUUCAACUGGUAUGGACGAGGCUUCAAGCUUCGUGCCGCCAUCACCAUCGCUUGCCAAUUAGCGUUCGUGCUUUUCGGUUACGACCAAGGUGUCUUCAGCGGCAUCGUCGGCAAUGAGGACUUUUUGAAUACUUUCGAUCAUCCCUCGCCUGGCCUCGAAGGAAUCAUCGUAUCCAUAUACAACCUAGGAUGCUUCACAGGAUGUAUUCUUAGCUUCAUCUUUUGCGAGAAAACGGGACGGAGACUGGCUAUGUGGAUUGCUAUGGUCUGGAUCAUUGUCGGCGGCGCUCUUCAAGCCAGCGCGUACUCAGUUCCACAUAUGAUGGUAGCUCGGUUCCUGACUGGCAUUGGAACCGGCAUCGAAACUUCGACUGUGCCUAUGUAUCAAUCCGAACUUUGCGAAGCGAACAAGCGCGGCCGCCUCGUCGCGUCAGAACCUCUCUUUGUUGGCGUAGGGAUCGAAAUAGCAUACUGGUUCGACUACGGAAUGUCAUUCACGGCAGGAUCUAUCGCGUGGCGCCUACCCAUUGCAUGUCAAGUCAUUUUUGCCAUUAUCGUCAUCAUCCUUGUUUUUGGUCUUCCUGAAUCGCCAAGAUAUCUCUAUGCGCAUGGUCGACACGAGGAAGCACUUCAGAUCCUCUGCGAUGUUUACGAUGGCACGCCCGAUGAUCCAAAGAUUGAGAAGGAGAACAGAGAGGUGCUCGAGGCACUGCGGGUCGAGCGCGAACAUGGAGAAUACAGGUGGUCGCAAUUACUCAAGAAAGAUCAUGUGCAGACUGGACGCCGUGUACUGCUCGCGUACGGCGCGCAGUUUAUGAACCAGAUGGGUGGUAUAAACCUCGUCGUUUACUACAUCACAUCGGUGCUAGAGCAGAACGUCGGGCUCGACAGGAACCUAUCACUGCUUCUCGGCGGCGUCAUCAACCUCAUGUUCUUCCUCGGUUCUCUGCUUCCAACCUUCACACUUGAUCGCACCGGCCGCCGAAAGCCAAUGAUGUGGGGCUCUUUAGGCCUCGGCCUUUCCAUGAUGAUGAUUUCAAUCCUCUUGAGCUUCAAAGGAGAAGACGGAAGAGUCUUGAAAAGUACCGCCUCUGCUAGUGUCGCAUUCUUUUUCACGUACAUGCUGGCGUUUGGCAUGACGAUGAACUGCAUUCCUUGGGUCUAUGUGCCCGAGAUUUUACCAUUACACGUGCGAGCAAAGGGAACGGCUGUCGGUAUCUCCGCAAAUUGGAUAUGGAACUUCUUCGUUGUCAUGAUCACUCCCACUCUUCUUAAUAGCUUAGCAUGGAAGGGCUAUCUGAUUUUCAUGGCACUCAACUUCGCGUUCAUUCCCCUUAUCUACUUCUGCUAUCCCGAAACUGCUAAUCUGACGCUCGAAGAAGUUGACUGGCUCUUCUACGAAGGCGACGUGGUGAAGCGGAGUCGACGUGUUGCGAAAGAGGGCUGGGAACAAGCGAUCGGUACCGAUCCCGCUGCGAUCAUGGAGACUGGUAGUACUUCGAGUGGCAACAAAGCUGAACAUAAGACGGAGAAGGCAGAGCAUGUGUCACCUUGA